ACCUGCAGGGAGUAGCUGCCUGAAGAAUGCGUUCUCUCGUAGGUGCUUCCCCUACUCGGCUACUCCACCCCCAGGACUCCUCUGAGUCAGGUGUUGCACCUGCACUUCCUCCCAGGCUGCACCCCUCCGCCAGGAAUUGUCCUCUGGGUCUGCCUGGCCUACUGGGAGGUCUCCUUGGAACCAGGGAUCUUUCUGGCAGAGGCCAAGGUUACUGGUAUCCUCAAGCCUUUCCAUGAAUGAGGCAAACCAAACUCAGGUGGGGCCCUCAGAGUUCCCCACAGUGACAGCCACAGCCCCUGGCCCGGGCUCUGGAGGCCGGGCAUGGCCUGUGCUGGUCGGAGUUCUGCUAGGUGCUGUGGUUAUCUCUGUCCUCAUUGCACUUGCUGCCAAAUGCCACCUCUGCCGCCGCUACCGUGCCAGCUACCAGCACCACCCACUGCCCGAGACAAGGAGAGACCACCACCUGGAAGUGGGAGAAAUCGAGGAUGAUGAUGGCUUCAUUGAGGACAAUUACAUUCAGCCAGGGGCUGGCGAGCUGGGGACAGAGGGCAGCAGGGACCACUUCUCCCUCUGACCUCUGAAUUUCGGACACUCUCUCUUCCUUCCGUGCCUGACCAUCUAAGGGUAGAGGAUACUGUGGAUGCCAUUGGGGCAGGAGCCUCAAGCCUCAGGAACAGAGGUGACCAGGGCUCAAAGGCAGG